AUGCCAAAGAAUUGGGAUAAAUGUCGACCUAAAUAUUUGGAUCCGCCCACUAAAUUGGAGAAUGACAAAAAGGAAUAUAGUUUAGAAGCUUUGCUAAUAUUCGAUGAAAAUUUAACAUGCACUUUGAAGAGCGACGAACAAAAGAUAAAUUUGGAAGAUUUUAUCAGUAGCAAUAAUGGUACUAAAGAUGUCUCAAUAGACUCCGAGCAUACAACAUUUUACUUUGAAAUUGAUAACAAAGCCUUGGUUAGGGCUCUCGAUUGUUUUGCUCAAUUUUUUAUUAAACCUAUGAUAACGAAAAGUUCACUUGAGAUGCAACAAGAAACGAUCAGAAAUGCCUUGACUUGCUAUGCUUAUACAGAGUUUCAGAUGGCCUUAUUUAAUGGUAAUUUGAGAUACGAACAGCUGUUUUCCUCUUUCGCACAAAUUGGUCAUCCAGUUCAUAAAAUUUCUUCAGAUAAUAUAAUAAAAAUGCGCAAUGAAUUAGAUAGCGAAAAUUUGCACAAUGUGUUGCUUAAAUUUAAAGAACGCCAUUACAGUGCUCACAGAAUGAAGCUAGUAAUACAGUCGAGACUAUCACUGGAUGCACUGGAAGAAUUUGUCAUAAAGUUCUUUGCUAAUAUACCAACUAACAAGUUACAUCCAGAAAAUUUUAUGAGAUUUAAAGACGUUCUCCCGUUUGAUACUCCCGCUUUCCGAAAAAUGUAUAAAGUUCAUGACUCUAUGGAAUCUUUGACACAACUUACCAUGAAACUCACUCAUGAAGGACGAAAACAUCUAGAAGAUGUUCUAAAUGCGAUAUUUUCUUUUAUCAAUUUAUUAAAGAAAGAAGGCCCACAGAAAGAAAUUUACAAUGACAUUCUUCAAAAACUUAUACAAGAAUCUUUGAAUAACUUGGUGCCUGAAAUGACGAAUAUUAUGAUUUUUUCGAAAAAUAUUGAUCUUCUUGAAUUAGAUCAAUUUGAUCCUUGUUGGAUGACGGAAUAUAAAGAUAUUGAGAUACCAAAAAAAUGGAUCAAACAUUGGAAAGUCAUCGAGCCACUACCAGAAAUAUUUUUACCGUUACCGAAUAUAUUCCUUACCAGAGAAUUUUCUGUAAUACCGCUACCAAAGAAAGUUCCGAAAUAUCCUAUAAAAUUAUACAGUGAUCCUGUAUCGGAGAUUUGUGGAGUUCUCAUGGGUAUGUACUGCGACGUUUUGAAAGAACUAAUAACCGAAGAAUUAUAUCCAGCUGAACAGGCUGGGUUUAAAUAUAAUAUCGAUGUCGGUGAGAUUGGUUUUACGUUGCAAAUAAGCGGUUUUAGACCAACUAUGCCACUCUUAUUGAAUCUUCUUGCAUCGAAUAUGGUGAAACUUCCAGAAUAUAUUACGGAAGACUUAUUUCAGAGUAUUAAAACUCAACAAAUUGAACUAUAUAACAUCGGAAUUAAGAAACCUGAGAUUCUCAUCAAGUAUUGA